GCGAUCCGGCUGAGGUCACAGAGACGUUGGGGUGUGGGGGAGAUGGCGGCGCGCAGUCUGGGCUGCGGCGUCAGGCGGCUCCUGGGCGCACUUCACGGGCCUGCGGGCUCGCGGGGGUGGCCAACGCGUGUAGUGAGCGCGCCGCGCAGGGCCACCUCCGGGUCCUUAGGCAGCACACCCGGCGCCUCACAUUCGGCCCUCCCUGCCUCCUUCCUCACGCUGAGAGAGCUGGCGGCCCGACAGCCCGCCGCCUUCUGGGGGCCGCUGGCGCAGGACUCGCUAAUGUGGGACACCCCCUACCACACCGUCUGGGACUGUGACUUCAGCAGCGGCAAGAUCGGCUGGUUCCUGGGAGGCCAACUAAAUGUGUCUGUCAACUGCUUGGAUCAGCAUGUUCAGAAGUCCCCGGAGAGCAUUGCUUUGAUCUGGGAGCGAGAUGAGCCUGGAACUGAAGUGAGGAUCACCUACAGGGAACUGUUGGAGACCACAUGCCGCCUGGCCAACACAUUGAAGAGGCAUGGAGUUUGUCGAGGGGACCGUGUGGCCAUCUACAUGUCUGUGUCCCCAAUGGCUGUGGCUGCAAUGCUUGCCUGUGCCAGGAUUGGAGCUAUCCACACAGUCAUCUUUGCUGGCUUCAGUGCAGAGUCCUUGGCUGGAAGGAUCAAUGAUGCAAAGUGUAAGGUGGUUAUCACCUUCAACCAAGGACUGCGGGGAGGACGUGUGGUGGAGCUGAAGAAGAUAGUGGAUGAAGCUGUGAAGCACUGCCCAACCAUCCAGCAUGUCCUGGUAGCUCACAGGACAGACAAUAAGGUCCACAUGGGGCACCUGGAUGUCCCACUUGAGCAGGAAAUGGCUAAGGAGGACCCUGUGUGUGCCCCAGAGAGCAUGGGCAGUGAGGACAUGCUCUUUCUGCUCUACACCUCCGGGAGCACCGGGAUGCCCAAGGGCCUCGUGCACACCCAGGCAGGCUACCUGUUGUAUGCUGCUCUGACGCACAGGCUUGUGUUUGACUACCAGCCAGGAGAUGUCUUUGGCUGUGUGGCCGACAUCGGCUGGAUCACUGGACACAGCUAUGUGGUAUAUGGACCCCUCUGCAAUGGAGCAACCAGUGUCCUUUUUGAGAGCACCCCAGUUUACCCUGAUGCUGGUCGGUAUUGGGAGAUGGUGCAGAGGUUGAAGAUCAAUCAGUUCUAUGGUGCCCCAACAGCUAUUCGGCUGUUGCUGAAAUACGGCGAUGCCUGGGUGAGAAAGUAUGACCGCUCAUCCCUGCGGACACUGGGGUCAGUGGGAGAACCAAUCAACCACGAGGCCUGGGAGUGGCUCCACAAUGUGGUGGGAGACAGUAGAUGUACACUGGUGGACACGUGGUGGCAGACAGAAACAGGUGGCAUCUGCAUCGCGCCUCGGCCCUCAGAAGAAGGGGCAGAAAUCCUCCCCGGCAUGGCAAUGAGGCCCUUCUUUGGCAUUGUCCCAGUUCUCAUGGAUGAGAAGGGGAUUGUGGUGGAGGGCAGCAAUGUCUCUGGGGCUCUGUGCCUCUCCCAGGCCUGGCCAGGCAUGGCCAGGACCAUCUACGGAGACCACCAGAGAUUUGUGGAUGCCUACUUCAAGGCUUAUCCAGGAUACUACUUCACUGGAGACGGAGCUCACCGAACUGAGGGAGGCUAUUACCAGAUCACAGGGCGGAUGGACGACGUCAUCAACAUCAGCGGCCACAGACUGGGGACUGCAGAGAUCGAGGAUGCGAUGGCUAGCCACCCUGCAGUGCCAGAGACCGCUGUCAUUGGCUACCCCCACAACAUAAAAGGAGAAGCUGCAUUUGCCUUCAUCGUGUUGAAAGACGAUGCAGGCGACUCAGAGGUGGUGAUGAGUGAGCUCAAGUCCGCAGUGGCCACCAAGAUUGCCAAGUACGCUGUGCCUGAUCAGAUCCUGAUAGUGAAACGUCUUCCAAAAACUCGGUCUGGAAAAGUCAUGCGGAGGCUCCUGAGGAAGAUAAUCACGGGCAGAGCUCAGGAUCUGGGGGACACCACCACUCUGGAGGACCCCAGCAUAAUCGCAGAAAUACUGAGUGCCUACCAGAAACACAUAGACAAAAGGGCUGCUAGUCAGUGAUGGGCUGUGGCCAAGACUCAGUGCCCUAGCCCCUAACUUGUUCUUCUAGAACAUAGCUCUCACUUAGCUUGUUUUUAGAUGUCCCAGAGCAGCCCCCUCCUAGCACAGAACCCACACUGCCCCAAAUGUAAAGAUCAUGCUAAAACCCCUUCCUUCUUUCUGUUGAAGAACCCAUGCAGGGGUACUGUAAUUUGUGGUUGGCGUUUGUUCUACUUGUCUUGAAUUUGGUUUCAUGGAAUGAAGAGUCCCUGUCGUCUGUUCUUGUGUCCUUUCCAGACAUCACAGGAAGGUGAAACAUCUGGCAGAAUGUGCCUACUCAGAUGACCGAGUACUAGGAGCACUUAUGUUUUUUCCAGAUGUUUCUAGAUACAAAAGGCAGAAGUUUUAUUUUUAUACUUUUAUAUUUUUGAAGAAUAACAUGCAAGUCCAUGUGUCAUAUGUGUGGAUUUGCUUGUACAUGCUGUUUGUAACAGUUAAAGUUAUGAAAAUAUCCUUUUCUGCCUUUGCUAUGAGGAAACAUGGAGAGGAUCAGAGGGUGCACUUUUAAUUAUUGUUUGGCACAUUUGGAAAUCUGAAUUGGCAAUGUUGGUACCUCAAUUUAAACACCGCUAUCUUGAGAAUGCUUGGGUGUGCCGCAUCUUUUUCUGGUGUAUAUUUCUACUUCCCUUGGUUUGUGUACAAUGAAACUCAACCGGUAAAGUGGUGACAAAAGUCCUCACCUUUACGUUCUAAAGCUACUCCAGUCACACGUUCUGUUUCUCCAAGCUGUUAUCUGGAAAGAUUGCUCCCUCUCUACCUUGGAUGCCUCUUGUGGGGUGGUCCAGGGAAGCCAGUGAAAACUAAGGUAACUUAGAGCACUAAUUUGGCUAUAACCAGGUCCUUGCAAACUCUGCCUGUUCUUCCUUUUGUGGUUGGGGCAUAAGAACCAUGUGGGUCCAGUGGUGAGAGCUGGAGCUCUGAAUCAAGUUUCUCUCUUUCAAUGUGCCUUAAGUCCUCUGAAGAGUUUGCAAGAUGAUGGAAAUCAUCAAGUCACAAAGUGUUUCUUUAUUAUCCAAGCAUGCCGGGAUUGAUGGUGUGGAGUGCAGGGGAAGGUAGCCUUGCUGAGUUAGAUCCUAGAGGACAGGGAAAGAUUAUCCUUGUCUUUACCUCACAGUCUAUGGUGCCUUGCACCUGUGUAGGAGUUCAAGGGGUGUCUGGAGUGCUAAACACUUACUGUGGACUGUAGCUGCACUGGCUUCUCAGGUGAGUAGGCGAUUACACCUGUGACACCCAAAAGGGUGGCCAUUGGCUAUUGCACACAGAUAUACUGAAUGAUGGUCUGUUGUUGCAGUGUUAGCCACAGGGCAUCAUGCACCUGGACCUGUCACAUUUGUGGUAGACUUGGCAGGCUGUAGUUAUGGUGUUAUUUAUGAACUGACUUAGAUGCAAUCUUAGACAGUGACCCGGGCCUCAGAAUGAUCUGUAGGGAAGUCCAAAUAAAGCUU